AUGAACAUCGCGUUGAAGCAAAUUCGGCGACAACACGAAGACCUGAAGAGCGAAAACGUCGUCGAUUUGAGUAAGUUGUUAGCAAAUGUAGGGAAAUUUCAGGAGUUGUAUGAAAAAACCGUGGAAGCGAGUCGAGAGGAGUUGGACGGAAAAGUUCGCGAGUUUCGCCAAAAAGAGGAAGAAAGUCGGAAGCGAGUUGAAGAAGCCGAAACUCGGGUGAAGCAACAUGAAGAACAACAAGAACAAUUUUUGAAGAGAGUGAUGGAGUUGGAGGCGGAACUUGAAGAAAUUGAACAUUUGAAGAUUCAGCACGGUCACGAGAAAGAAGAAAUUUUGAAGAAGCUCGACGCCAGCGAAGCGAAGGUUCUACUUCUUGAAGACAACUUGAAAGAUGUGAACGUACUGACGGAGUUGCAAAUGAACGAGAAGGUCCAAGAAGUGGAAGCCCGGUGGAGGCAGAAAUUAGAAAACAAAGAAAAAGAAUCAGAAGCUAUUUUAAAGGAGUGCCAAGAAAUCAGCGAAUACAACAUCAUCCAGUGCGAAAUCGAGAAAAACCAAGCGAUGACGAAGCUAGAAGAAACGGAAAAAUGUCUCCAAGACGCCGUCGCCAAAAUCGAGAAACUGGAACAAGAAAUCGGUACCUUGAAGGCCGAAAAACACGCGUACGAGUUGUCGAUUACGACGUGCAAAGUCACGAUCGAAGUUCUCAAAAAACGCUUGAUUAGUUCAGAUCGGGACGUCGAACAACUGAAAGAGGAACUCGAGAAAAGCGAACAAAAGAACUUGAAUUACGAACGCAGAUGUACCGAAUUGAGUUCUCAGUUGAUGGAAACUGAAACCGCUAACGAAGAACUCGAAAUGCAAUACGAAUCCACGUCGAAGCUCAUCCACAAAGAAGUCAAAAUCGUCGAAAAUGAGCUUCUGCGGAAGGUGGAACUGCUGAAAGAACAGGUGCAGAAGCUGUCGAAAGACAAAGAAUUGCUGAGUGAAGUUUUACAACAACACUAUGAGCAGCAAGUUCUCAUCAAUGAAGCACAAGCAACCAUCGCUCAGUCCGCGUCGUUUAUAGAAUCCCAGGAGAAGAAACAAGUGGAGUUGGAAACCGAGCGUAAACUCUAUCAAGUGAAAGCCGACGAAGAAGCAGAAGAAGCGGCCGAAAUCCGGAAGAAAUACAUCGAGAAGAGCGGGAAGUACGACGAGUUGGCGCAGCAGUUCGAGCAAAUACUUCAAGAAUUGGAUCAAGCAAGAGCAAAAAUUGCUGAGUUGGAGAAGUUGAUUGGUCCGUAUCAGGAGCAGCUGGAGGCUUAUCAGCACGAGUUGAAACUGCUCACUGACGAGAAGUCCACUAUCGAGAAUGAAGCCAAAGAGCUCGGGUUGAAGUAUGCCCAGAUAUUGGGGCACCAGAACCACCAACAGAAGAUCAAACACGUGAAGGAUCUGAAAGUGAAGUCGUCGGAGUUGUUUCAGAAGAAUUUGGAUUUGGGGUCGAAAAAUUACAAGUUGAAUAAAAUGGUGGAGAAGCUGAUGGAGGAAGUGGAUGAUUUGAGGAAGCCUGGAAAAAGAAUGAGUCUGAGAGGAGAGGAUAAGGAAAAUAUGGGAAGUCCGAAGUUAGUGAAGGGAAUCCAAAGCCCCGGUCCGCUUAAAGAUAAGAAUUAGUUUAAUUAAUUUAUUUAUUUACAUUAUUUUGUUUUUAUUUAUUUGAUUUUUAUUGUGUUCGAUGAAGAAAAGGCUGAUUAGUGUUAAAUGGUAGGUUUUUAUAAUUUACUUUAUUAGCUUAUUUUAUCCGAUUCAUAGAAUCAAACCAAACAUGUAAUAAAAAAUUUAGUACAAAAUACACUCCACUAUU